AUGGCCACCAAGGACACCAAGGCUCUCAUCCCGUUCACGCCAUUCAAGCCCAUGGUGCUGAACAAUGCCGCGAGCUGGAGCUCUGCUGUUCCCAAGAAAACCCCACUCGACGCCCUCCGCGACACCCUCUCCACCUUUGAAACCGCCCUUUCCUCCAAGCUCGACACUCUUAUCAGCGACAACGCGACGCUUCGGGCGGCCCACGCCGAGUCUAUGGUCGAGAACGAGCGUCUGCGCACCUCCAACGCCGAACUUGCCGCCUCGGUUCGCGCACUCGGCGCCUCGCUUGCCGACUCUCGGGCAGAGAACUCGGCCAGGCUCCUUUAUGGGCUCCGGAACGCCGAGCAUGCGGCGCGCGAGAACAGGGUUCUGCUUCGUGAUCUGGCAGAGAGGCUUGAGCGCGUGGAGUUCGAGGGUGGAUACGAGGGGGGCUUCCCGGCUAUUGGGGGAUGGGCGCCGCGCGAGGCUAUUGAGGAGGCUAAGUAG